AUGAGCGCCAGUAUCGAUAUCGUCAUACCCGUCUACAACGAGGAGGAUGCGCUGCCGGUCAGCAUCCCGAAGUUGUGCUCAUUUCUGAGGAACAAUCUGGCCAUCCCCUGGCGGGUGACCAUCGCCGACAAUGCUUCCAUCGACGGCACGCGCGCUGUUUCAGAGGAACUGUCGCGUGAGGCAGAGGGGGUCAACUACCUCUACUUGCCGGAAAAGGGGCGAGGCAGGGCGCUCCGUGCCGCGUGGCUGGGCAGCGAGUGCGAUUACGUGAGCUACAUGGACGUGGACCUGUCCACCGACCUUUCGCACUUCCCUGCGCUGGUGGGCAAGCUGGAGUCAGGUUGGCACGUGGCCAUCGGCAGCCGCCUCAGCCGAGGCUCGAAUGUGACGCAGAGGAGCUUCAAGCGAGAGUUGACGUCGCGGACUUACAACAAGCUGAUCUGGUCCCUGUUUUUCGUCGGGUUCCCUGACGCCCAGUGCGGCUUCAAGGCUAUGACGCGGCAGGCGGCACAGGCCAUCAUCCCUCAAGUCAAGAACAACAACUGGUUCUUCGACACUGAGUUGCUGAUCAUCGCGGAGAAGCGGGGCUACCGUAUCGGCGUGGUUCCCGUGGCCUGGGAAGAUGACCCCUCCAGCACUGUCAAUGUGGUCAAAACUGCCACCGAGGACAUCAAGGGCCUGCUCCGCCUGCGCUUUGGCGGCAUCCCCAGGGUCGACCCUCCUCCUCCGUAG